AUGAAUGACCUAUUACCUACUGCGCUACAUUCCACGUCUGCCAAGGCGCUAGGGAAGCGUAAGGCUGCGCCUGAGCCAGACGCGCUUGCCACCAAGGAGAAGAAGUCGCGUGCGACGCCGGCACGCGUGGAGAACGAGGCGGAGUGGGAGGGCUGCGACACUGGAAUUGUGGCCGGUGAUUACCGCAAGCACCUUCUCGCGAAACACUGGCCGGACGUCACGGCAGUGGACCAUGUGAAGGGGCGCCAGGUGUGCAAGUGGGUGGGGGACUGCAAGGCUAGGCGGGACCCGAAGACGAAGGACGGCUUCUCUGACCUCACCGCCCUGUUCAAACACUUGAUGUGUGCAGGAAGACAGUCGUGGUUCCCGGAAUCGCCAUCACCUCCGCCAACCUGGAGUGACUCGAAGAGUACCUUGGUACCACGGGAAAGCUGCUCUUGGCGCCCCCUCACCUUCGAUGGGGAGUUCAGCAGCGGGCGUCUUGCGGUGGUGGAGGACGAUUGGGAGCUGUUCCACCAAAGCGCUCUCCGCACGGACAUCCGUAUGUCCGACGUUGAGGGACCACCUUCCUCUCCCGCCGUCUCGGACCUAUCCUCCUUCUCCUUCUCCUCCUCGUCGGACGCCUCGUUCCCGCCUACGGCCUCCUCCCCAGCCAUCCCGGCACGUCCGCGCGCUCCCACGCUCCCUCGCUCGCCUGCAACCGUGUGCUCCCCCCCUUCAGCCACCCCCGCCCCUGGGCCCUCGCGCUGUACGACGCGCACGCGCGCCACACCCAGCCGGAACCCACGGUGA